GGGGGGGGGGGGGGAAGGUUUCAAGGCUCCAAUCUUGUUCUUGAACAAGAAACGAAGGCCUAAACCAAGCUUCUUCACCGGUUUCUCAAAGGAAGGCUGUCGAGUUCCCUUUUUUUUUUUUUCUUUCGGGUGGCUGCAGCGGGAAGAAAGAAGAAGAAGAGCAGAAUCGGGCUAAGAAGAAAGAGGAAAAAAGGAGAAAAGAAAUAAGCCAUCCUUAUCCAAAUUUUGCCUCUUUAAGUCCCUCAACUUUGGACAUUUUGCCGAACAAGAAGCCCCAAGCCACCGACAACACCCACCCUUUUGAGAAACGGUAAAAGCUUGAUUUUUCCCUUCUUUUCUUGUUCAAGAACAAGAUUUAGAACUUAGAAAUCUUCCCCCUGCAGAAAAAUUUCAGAUCUGCUUUGUUCCUUCCCCCUCCGUCUGCUGCUCUUGGCUGUGUGGGUGUGAAUUGUUCAAGUUUCUGAUGAAACGCGAUGUUGAAAGGAUGUGUGAAAGAUGCAUAACAUGUAAACAAGCAAAAUCUAGAGUUUUACCACAUGGUUCUUGAAGAUGGCACACUUCAUUCCAUGUGAUAAAACUGAUGAUGUAACCAAUAUUGUAGAUUUGUUCUUUAAGGAGGUCAUUCAUUUGCAUGGCAUUCCAAGGACUAUCAUUUCUGAUCACGAUGUUAAGUUCUUGAGUUACUUUUGGAAGACCUUGUAGGGCAAGUUAGGAACUAUGCUACUAUUUUCAACUACUUGUCAUCCACAAACUGAUGGACAAAUAGAAGUGGUUAAUAGGAUGUUGCCAACCUUAUUGCAUUUUAUUAUUCAAAAAAGCUUGAAGAAUUGGGAAGAGUGUUUGCCACACGUUGAAUUUGCUUAUAAUUGAAGUGUCCAUUCAACAACUAAAUGUUCGCCAUUUAAAGUUGCAUAUGGUUUUAAUCCACUCACUCUUUUGGACUUACUACCUUUACUUAUUGAUGAACGAGCUAGUUUGGAUGGGAAAAAGAAAGCUGAAGUGGUUAAGCAAUUGCAUGAAAGAGUGCGACAAAACAUAGAGUGAUGAAUUGAACAAUAUGCAAAUCAAGCCAACAAAGGGCGAAAGAGAAUUGUGUUUGAACCUGGAGAUUGGGUUUGGGUGCAUAUGCACAAGGAGCAAUUCCUUUCACAAAGGCAUUCUAAGUUGCAACCAAGAGGCGAUGGACCAUAUCAAGUGAUUGUGAGGAUUAAUGACAACACAUACAAGUUGGAGCUUCUUGGUGACGAUUCGAGGACAAAUCCUUUUGAGGAGAGAAGGAAUGAUGGGAAUCAAGAUGUUAGCACAUGUACCAUGUCAAGGGAUCCAUUAGACAUUCGAGGAGGUCCAAUGACGAGAGCUAGAGCUAAGAAGAUGCAAGAAGCUUUAAAUGGCCUUAUUGAGCAAAUCUAGGUUGAAAACAACAUGCAACAAGUAAAUCAAAGCUUGGAUGAUUAUCAAGGCAUGGUAGACAUCAUUUAGGUUCAAGAGAAGCUUAAUUGAGGUCAUUCACACUAAAUUACACAAUUUGAGUCAAAAUUGCACGAUCCUGCCGCAAUUUGUAGCAAACUGAUAUUUCAUGUGUUUUUAGGUUAUUCUGAGUAAUUUUCAUGAUUUUUUUUAUUAUUUUUGGGCUGAACAUUUAUUUAUUUGAAGCCUAAUUUAUGGUUAUUAGGUUUAGGAUUUAAGGUGUUAGUUUCCUAUUCUGAUUAGGAUUAGUUUUUCUUAUUUAAAGGGCUUGUAACCCUAAUUGGGAGGGAACUAUUGAAUCUGAGUAU